AUGGCUGCAAAUGAAAAUAGAAAUUUAGACUCACACAACAUCACAAAAUCAAAAAAAGAGACUUCCGCUCUGGGAACCUGUACUAGUGAGGGUAAAGAACAAGAAACCCCUAAGAAUAUUUCCAAAUAUUCGCAGAAGCAUAGCGAAGAUAAACAAAGAAGAACUCCUCUGCAAGAUAAAACAAAUCAGGAGAAUGCGCAGCAGACAGAAAAAAGAAAGAAGGGCAACAAAUCAACUAUUCCAAAUAGUAUAACAGAUUCUGUGGAUUACCAAAGUGAAAAUGCUGAUGCUAAUUCUACAGUGCAGACUACAGAUGCUCUUUUUACAGAAGUUACUCCGAAAGAAUCUUCUAUUUUAGCAUACACGGGCACUGAAAUAGAGCCAGAUGCACAUACAACAGAGUCUAUUUCGGGUUAUACUGGCGCUUCUGUGGAAGAAGAAAGAAAGUGUAUAUAUAAAUGGAUCAAAGAGCUCUUAUUUCGCUGUAUGAAUUAUACUAUGGCUGUCUCCCAAAGAGCGAUAGUUUUAGUGAGAAGUUAUAACGCAAGGCCUCUCUACAUCUCAUUUCUCCUUAUUUUCUCUAUGUACUGUGUUCGGGCGUUGACAAUGGACUCUUUUCGGAGAAUAUCUGGAGAGUGCUAUGAUGGAAUAUGUUAUAGCAGUAUACCCAUAUAUAUACAAACUUUAGACUUUUUUCUUAGCCUUGUAACGUGCAUAUAUAUAGGAGGCAUACUACUGCAGGCGGGAGCCAGAGAAAUCUCUAACUAUCUCAUUCUAAUCACACAUCUUGUGUUUAUAUUAGGAAGUGUGUGGGCACUUCAUCUUGACAAAUACAUUUUGAAACGGAUAGAUAUAGUUCUAGGCUCUACUUAUGAUGUAGCUGGAAUCUUGAUUAUAAACUCGGUGUUUGGAUACGUGUCUCGCCGGCGCAUGCUUAUAUACCAAAGCAUUGUUGGUUUUUCUGUAAAUUAUGCCAUUUUUAUUUAUAUAAGCUACUAUUUUUGGGCAAUUAUUAAAAACACAUCAAAAUUUACUCUGCAUAGCCUAGCAAAACAUGUAAACAGCCCAAAUUCAAUGGCGGCAAAAAAAGAGAAAGAAGCACACAUGCGCGCUCUUUCAAAUAGUUAUUAUAAAAGAACCGCUAUGCAAGUAAUUAAAAAAUACAUCUUUCUUAUUUCUAUAUAUAAGAUUGCAAUUUGUAUCUCAACUGCUCUGUUUUUUAUGUGCUACAAAGUGAUCUUAAAAAUAAAAACAAGAAAUCCUGUGAUGGAAAGCAUUCAGGAGAGAACAUAUAAUUCUCGCAGAGUCAAAACUAUGGGAAUACUUUUAAGUAUUGAAUUUAUACGAACUUCUGUGUGGUGCAUUCUUUUAAAUAUUUUACUGCUAACCAUAAAGAAAGCAUUAGAAACUGUGUAG